GCCGCUGCUGCUGCCUGUCAACGGCACACAUCAUCAGACCUUUUUGUUUCUCGCCGUUUUCGCUCAGAAAUUAAACAGACUGUCCGUCAACAUGUCCAUGUACAAGGUAAAGCCGAUCUGUGGUGGCGACGUCACGAUUGACUUGCCCACCUGCAUGUACAAGUUACCCAAUAUCCACACGCAGCCAGGAAGCGCGUCUCAGCCAGCGCUGCAGAAUGGUGAAAUGGAUCCAGCAGUCAAAGCCCUGGAGGCCCGGCAAGAUGAGAUCAUGCGAAAGCUUUAUGAACUAAAAGCAGCGGUUGAGGGUCUCGCCAAGACGGUGACCACACCAGAUGCUGACCUGGAUCUGACUGUCAGCAGCAGCCUCACGUCCCCCAGCUCUGCAAGCCUCCAAGGCACGGCUGACCUGGACUCUCUGCUGGGGAAGGACCUCGGUGCUCUCCGUGACAUUGUCAUCAACGCUAACCCAGCACAGCCCCCCCUGACCCUGCUGGUGCUUCACAGUCUGCUGUGUCAGCGAUAUCGAGUGCUGUCCACUGUCCACGUCCACUCCUCUGUUAGCACCGUGCCACCACAGCUCCUGUCCUGCCUUGGCCCCCGUCACGUGGACAGCUACGCGCGUCACCUGUUCCAGCUGGGCUUCACCCUCAUAUGGAAGGACGUCCCGAAGCUGCAGAUGAAGUUCAGCAUGCAGAACAUGUGCCCUGUGGAGGGUGAGGCCAACGUGGCCCGUUUUCUUUUCAAGCUGCUGGCCCCUUACCCCAGUGACCCGGCUCUGGCGACCCUGGUGGACAGCUGGGUGGACACUGCUUUCUUCCAGCUGGCAGAGGGCAGCGCUAAAGAGCGAGCUGCCGUCCUGCGCUCCCUCAACUCCGCGCUGGGUCGUAGCUCUUGGCUCGUGGGUCAGGAGUUCUCCCUGGCUGAUGUGGUCUGCUACUGCUGCGUGAUGCAGAGUGGAUCCGGGUUGUCGGCGCCGGCCAAUGUCCAGCGCUGGAUCAAGUCCUGUGAGAACCUCGGCCACUUCAUGCCUGCCAAGCUGCUUCUGAAGUGACGCUCCUAGACCAGGCACCGGAGGGAUCUCAUACUGGGAAAAAGGGCAUUCGGAAACAAAAAAAAAAGACCAUCUUGUGAUGCUUCUUUAGGUGUGCAAACCAUCAUAGUCUUUCACAGGUUUGACUAAAAGGAAGCAGCAGAAGAUGGUGGCGUAAAGAAGGAAUCACUGGUACUUACAUUCAUACACAACUUUCACUCACUUGGUGCCUAACAAAAUCCUGCCCUCGAUGUGUGCUGUGAGCUUGAGGUGUGAGCAGUUGUACUUUGUACCCUUGAUUUUCUGAAACUAUUAAAAUAUCAAUUUUGGAAC